AUGGGAGAUGCUGAGUUUCAAGUUGCGGUUGUAAAAAAGGAUUUAGAGGAAAAGGAUCAGGAGAGAAAGCGAACCGAACGUGGGAAGCUUGUGCAAAUGCAAAAGGAUUGGGUGGAAGCAAGAAAAAAAAUCGCGUCUUUGGAGGCACAAGUUAAUAUGCAUCGACUUCGUGAAGAAGCAUUGGUUUGUGAAAUGGUUGAAUUACGCAAGAGCCAAGAAGUGAGUCAGACCAAGUUCGAUGAGGAGCGCCGUGAAUGGCUCCGUGAUAUGCGGGCAGUUCAGGAAAGCAAAACGCAGAAUGCUGAUAAAGGCAAGGCUGAAAUAGAUUUGCUAAAAGCAGAAAUAGCGGAAUUGAAGUCUUCCUUGGAUGAUGCUGAACGGACCCGUCUGUUUUUGCUGGAAGACAAUGGUAAAAUAAAACAGCAGAAAGCAAAAUUAAGAUGUGAUUACAAUGAAUUAAAGCGUGAACACAAUAAGUUACUGUCCUCCCAGCAAACUGGAACUACUUCUAAAAAAAAUGAAGUUCUCUGCGAUAGAAGUGGGACGGAAAACAUUCCAAACAGACUCAACCAGAAUGGGUUGCGAGGUGGGAACAAUUUCGGGAGUGUACUUGGCCUAUCUGAGACAUGCAGUAUAUGCAUAUCACCAAUUUCGCCAGCACAUCCCAAUAAAUCCAAUGUUACUAGCUUAGAAGCAGACUCUAAGCAUAACGACAAUUCAAUAACCAGAUUUGUAAAUAUCCAGGAGAGUGCUGUUAUGAGCAAUGUAGAUACCGAGGAAAAAAAGUUGAUCGAAGAACUGACUCAGAAAUUGAAACACUCAGAUGAAAAAAAUCAGGAAUUACGGAAGGCGCUGCACACUGUAGAUGAGCAGUGCGAAAAACUUGUAAGAAGUUUCCAGGAGCUGAAAUUACGGUAUGAACAAAAUGAGCGUAAUCUUGCAUUGAAUGCAUCGGUGUCUUGCGUAACACUGCAAGGUAGUAGUCAAUGUGGACGAUCAGAUUUCGAAACGGGAUAUUCUGCAGCGAAAAAUGAUCACAAGCUUUUAUCUCAGAAGCUUCUAGAUGACGGUGGUCCUGUAUCGAAUGCAAUCAAACGCAAAUAUGCUUCAUGUCUGGCUUCCUUUGGUAAACGUUCGAAAAAUGAUCUCUGCUGA